GGCGGGGCCGGGGCCGGCGGCUCUGCCGAUGUCAGGUCAGGCUGUGCACAUGGGCCACAACCCUGACUUUGUGCAGCAGCAGUUGCAGCAGAAGGCGGCCCUUGCGCAGCAGCAACGUAGCCUGGCGCGGCCGGCCGCGGCUGCGCCGGGACCGGGGCCGGAGGUGCAUGUGGGCCACAACCCCAACUUUGUGGAGCAGCAUUUGCAGCGUAAGGCGGCACUUGCACAGCAGCAAGGGAGCCUGGCGCUGCCGGCUGCGGCGGUGGGUGCCAUGCGGCCGAUGCAGACGCAGGCUCUGCAGCCAGGUCCUCAGUCGGCGCCUGCUGCGUACCCGCAUGCUGGUGACCAGUAAGAAUGGCGUGGUGGAGAGCGGGCAGGAAUUGGGUCGAAUUUGAUUGGAGCACCAUGAUGGCUUACGAGGAAUGUACAUCAGGCAAGACAGAUCUCUAGAGAAGUUUGGAAGUGUGAGCAGAAUGUGGGGCCAACAACCUUGGCAAAAACAGCAGAUGCAUUGCUGCCACAGCCACCGGCCCCGGGGGCGUGAAUGCACUAGUGAAUGCACAGUACUGUUCGAAAGCAUUGCUGCGUAGUGGACAAUUAUAUAGCUAUAUAAUUGUGGAAAUGUUUAUGUAAUCACAGGAGUGGAUAGUCUUGUAACACUCCUUCAAUC